CAUGCAUGACUGGCAGACAAUUCACGCAUAUUGGCAACUUCAGCCAUGGCAACCCAUGCAAGCUUUGAAAGGCAUAAGAAGGAAGCCGCGACGCAUGAGGGCAAAGUGUUUGUCCUCCUAAACAAAGAAGGAGAUGGUGCUCGAAGUCUGCCAGGAGAUGACCUGCUUCGCAAGGCCCCUGCGAGUAAGAUCCGCACGGCUGCUGCACAGCAACGCCUCGCGGUGCGAGAGUACAAGGAGGCCGCAAGGCUACGUCCCAGAGACCAAGACACGAAGGAUCAGUUGCGGUCGGCAUGCCUGGUCCUCCGGAGACUCCAGGCCUUGGUUGAUGGUCCAAAACAGAUUCCAAUGCGAAGGUUCUUGGCGCACUACAACCUGAGCAUCAGAUACUGGGACCUGGGAGAGGCUCGGCAAGCGAUUAAUGAAGCCAGGGAGUCAUGCAAGGAACUUGCCAAACAUGGAUUGCCAAGAGGUUGUGCUGAACACAACCUCUUGUUGAUGAUGCAGGUCUUCACCGAGUUCAAAGGUGAGCAAAAGAAGCUGGAAGAGGCUCUCCAGCGCUCCCCUGAGGCUGUCGGACCCAACUACGACCUGGGCAUUCAUUUCUUCGACAAGCGCAUGAUGAUCAAAGCAGAGGAGCAGCUGCGCAAGACGCGUGACCGAGCUCGGACCUCAAGCGCCUUGCAGCUGGUGGAGCAGGAUCUUGUGGCUCUUCAGGCUGAGGCUGCUGCGAGCCCCAAGAUUGUCACAGCCUUGAGUGUGGCCCCUGACAGCAAGAAGGCCGGGCGAAUGGUCCAAGUGCUUGAGGACAUUGAGGAUGACUUGAAGUUCAUUGGCCGUUUAAAAGAGCGCUGGUGUGUGGAGGAGGAGAAAGGGAAAGCGGGCGAGCUACAGGCCACUGGCCUUCGCGACGGUUCCAUGCCACAACUUCUUCCAUGCUUGCAUUGUCGCUACUCUGAGGACCACUCAGCUUGCGAUGCCUGGUUGCGGGACUUGAGUGUGAGGACAGACAUCAACCUCCAGGCUCGAAGAAAGAAGAAGCUCCGAUGAUUGAUGCCGCAGGUGACCUCAGCGAUGCUUGGGUCUGAGACUCUGUUCUGCCAGGUUCGCUCCGCACAGUCGGAUUCGUUGUUUAUUUUUUUCCCUACAAUUCAUUGCAUGGUAGCUUUGCGGACGUACAUUCCUUCGUGCACGAAGGAGACACCGCAGCAUGCAAUCCUUGGAGAGUGUUUAGAGAAUUCAGAGAGUUCCACUGGAGCGAAACC